AAAAAAAGAAGCCACUGGAUUCAACUAUGCUUAUACCUUGUUAUGAUCAUUCAUAGUAAGUGAGGAAGAGAGAGAAAUAAGACACUAAGAACUUAAAAAGCUCAAACUCUUUCAAGAAUCCAUGGCCAUGGCUUCGACAAGUACACCCAUGUUCAAGAACAAGUUGCAAGAAUAUACUCAGAAACGAGCUUUGCCAAUUCCUGCAUAUCGAACAGCUAACGAGGGACUUCAGCAUGCACCAAUGUUUAGGUCCACUGUAUUUGUUGAUGGAAUGGAGUAUACAUCUAAGCUUACAUUUCGCCGUCUAAGAGAUGCUGAACAGGAUGCUGCAAAACUUGCUUAUGACUGCAUUCUAUGCAAUCAGCAGCAGCAGCUUGAUGCCAAACCCCUGCUUUCUGAGGAUCCAAAAUCUAACAAGUUAAUAUUGUAUGAAUACGCAACCAAGAAACAGUUUGAUAUGCCCACAUAUAAGACUCAUUCAUCGGAAGGAGAAGGACAGCUUCCUAUUUAUGUCUCCACGGUGACAGUGGCUGGUACUAACUUCACUGGUGAGGGGGGAAAAAGCAAGAAAGACGCAGAACAGCUUGCUGCACAUGCUGCACUACACUGGUUACAAGGAACUGAUUCUGGAGCUGUUCUGAACCAAGUGCUGAGUUCAAAGAGAAAACACUAUAAUGCACUUAAAACAGUCAAAGUCACAGGGUACAACCAAAAGAAACCAAGAAGCAAAAGUUUCACAGGUUCUGUAGCUGUCUCAGAAUCAAAAAGUGGUAUAAAGCUCUUAACAUCAGCUCCUCGGCCGUUUACUGGUGUAACAAAAAUGCCGAAUUGUCAGGGUACAACCAAAACUAACCAAGAAACACAAAUGCGCAGCUGUUUAAAGUGGAGCAGAUCAGCAAGGCGUUGAUUCGAGUACAGGAAACGUGCUUUUAUGUUUGAUUUACUACCCAAUUAUUCACUGGUGUGAUAAAGCUAGUUACAAGAUUUACAUAUAACAAGCACAUCAUUUCACAGCAGACCGUUGCAGUUCAAGUCUUGGCUGAGUGUUGUAGAAGCACAAAUUAGUUUUGUUCUGAUAAAUCAUGUGUUUAUUUUCAAACUGCAGUGUCUUAUGUAACCCUGCACUCUAUACUCUAUACACUAUAGUGUAAGCCUUUGGUUUA